GGCACGAGAAUUAUGCUGCAGAAAAAGUUUGUUAGGUCAAACUCUGUCUCCGGCUGACCGUGCAAUCAGACAAAUGCAACUACAGACGUAAAAAUUUUGACAAGUUAUUGAAACAAACGAACGAUCGACGCAAGAACAACUUCCCUGCAUAAGAUUUUUACGAUAUAACAACUACAAAACUUCAACUUUACACUAGAUGAAAUAAGUGUGGACCACCUGCUCGAGCAGAACCACACCAAGCGCUUCUGCCUUCUGCAUCUUCUGCCAACAACAGAGCAACGAACGUGUUAUAAUUUCCAGCGCAGCGCGGGCGAAACCGAAACCGAAAGGACAUUAAACGAUCAUGCUGAUGUCGCUGGUACGCCCUGCAGCUGCACUGGGAAACAAGAAGACCUUAUGGAUUGCAAAAAUGUCUGGGUCUGGACGAAUGGAAGGCCUGUCAUGCUCUGCUAGCAUGACCCCGAAGUCUGUGAUGCUCGCUACCCAAUAAAAGCCGCACUUUUCUGUCAUGCCGAAUUACAGUUUGUCAUGCAGAAGACGCAACACCUAGCAUAGAUCAGAAACUUGUCAUGCUGAGCCGUCACUUGUGGCGUCCUCAGGAUUCGCCAACCAGCAUCACAAGUUUCCAGACAUCCAGGGAUAUUUGCAAUGCAUAGACCCGGUGUGGCGGCCUCGACCUCCUUCUCGCGUUCCUGGGCUGGUGGAUUUUCCUCGUUGGCUCCGAAAUUAUAACACCGGUGUAUGGAAU